CAUUUUGUACUAUCCCAAUUUGAAUCGGGCGGGCACAUUUGUGCGGUUGGAAUGAACAUAUGGAGCGUUAUCCUGGAAUUACGAAUGGAAGACCAAAGAAUCCUGAUUAUGCUUUGAUGAAAGAAAGACUUGUGACAUUCGAAGACUGGUCAAGAGAUGGGAUAGCUAUUGAAGACCUGGCAAAGGCGGGGUUUUACGCAACAGGAAACCAAGACUCUGUUAGAUGUUUUUACUGUGGUGGUGGGGUGAAAGACUGGCAACGAAGUGAUGAUCCCUGGAUAUAGCAUGCGACAGUCUUCCCACAUUGUGAAUAUGUAAAACUAUGUAUGGGAGAAGAUUUCAUAAACAGAGCAGCAAACAUGAACGAAAUGGAUACACAGGAAUUAACUAGAAGACUAGCAGAAGAACAUCUUGUUCCUGACCAGCUAAUAGAAGAUUUAAAUUGUAAGGCCGCAUUGCUUCUAAUAGAUAAAAAGUAUAGGCAAGAGGAUGUUGAACAGGCUAUUCAAAAGGCAAGGGAAAAGUACGGUAGAGAAGAACUAAGAGUUCACUUUAUUCACGAGUUUCUUAAUAGCAACAUGGUAACCACGCCUCGAAACAUCCAUGCAGUUGCACCAUCACAACAGACUAAUAAUACAACAGUAUCAAAUGGCUUAACAGAACAUCAACAUCUUGUUCGUUCGAGGGAUUUUAACUCUGAGAAUCUUGAUACUCAUGACAAUUUUUUAAUAAUUGCGUUGUAAUAAUACCAUACUAGUUUUUAUCGCAUUUAACACUACUUCCGUUCAUAGAUCAUAGUUCUUGUUUUAUGUACUAAGUAUUCUAAACACGUGUUUGACAUGAAUUUAGUAAAUGUCUGAGCAUACUGAACAUAUUGCCUAUAAAGACAGAUAUAUAUAUAUAUUUCCUGCAUAAGAAAGAUAAAACUUUAAAGUACAUAAUGUUACAUCAUGCAGAAACAUCUUUAAGCCAUUUUGUACUUUACAUAGAAAAUAAAAUAUUAAGGGUAAUACAGAAUUGUUCUAAUUGUUCAUUCUAUCGGCUAUAGGUCUUCUUAUAUCAUUUCAGGCUAUGAAAGAACUUAAUUGAAAAUUAUGAACAUUUCAAUAUCUAACAGAAUUGCAGCCAUUUACUGAACUUUUGUGACUAUAAGUUUUACUUGUUAAUUUUGAAAUAGGUGUACAUGUACAUAGCCAGAGGUACAAUUUAUUUUCAGAUCAAGAUCGUCUGGUGGCAGAAAAUCGGAAUUUAAAAGAUAGAAUGGCCUGCAAAAUAUGUAUGGACAAAGAUGCGUGCAUUGUGUUUAUUCCAUGUGGACAUAUGGUAUCGUGUAUAGAAUGUGCACAGAGACAACGCACGUGUGCGGUCUGUAGAGCGGAAAUAAAAGAAACAGUGCGGGCGUAUCCCGCCUAGAAAUCACAAUACUCAUAUUUGGACAUCUUUAACUACCUGAUUUUAGGAUUGACAAACGAUAGAACUGAUGAUAAUUUGCCGUAUAACUCAUCUUUUGUUUCAAGAAGUGCUUCUGUAUAUGAGUCAUACAAUGUUAUUUAUUUUCAUGCGGAAACCUUAAAACAAAUUUAAAAUAAAUUAAAAAUAUUAAAAGUAUUUAUAAUCUGA